AUGGAAAUGGACUUUUUUCGAGAGACUCAUGCUGCUCAAACAUUGCCUAUCAGUUCUUCACAUUCUCCAGUUCAUACAUUUACUCGUCGUCUUCAUACAAGUCCUGUAUACUUUGAUUUGAUUGACGUCAGAGCACCAUCAUUUCCUGAAUCAGUAACAGAGAGUUGUGUUCGGUUAUUAAAAAAGAUUGGAGAUAAAGUAUCUGCUGAUGAAAUAAUAGCUGAAAUCGAAACACACAAAAUAGCGUUAAAUAUUACUGUACCACAAGCAGGUACAAUUACAGCAUUCCUGGUCGCUGAUGGUGAUAAGAUUACAUCCAACGCACGUAUAGCCUUACUUAAUACAAGUGAUGAUGUCAAACCAGUAUCAGAAAAUAAAGAAGAUGCAUCAACUAAGAUAAUCGAUACCGAGAAAGUCAAACAUAUACCAGAAGAAUCGACAGAUGAUAAAAUCAAUCCUGAACAAACAAAAGAAACAUCAUAUACAUGUUCAGUGUCACCUAAACCAUCGUAUACAUUAGCUCCAGCAGCAGGUUCAGAACGUGACACUUCAGCACGACCAAAAUUAACUAUCAUAAAUAAACAAGAAGUUAGUGAUAUUCAUACAUAUAAAAGUAGUGAUACACGAACAGAAAGACGUGAAAAAAUGUCAAGAAUGCGUUUAAAAAUAGCUGAACGUCUUAAACAAGCACAAAAUACGUGUGCGAUGUUAACGACUUUUAAUGAAAUUGAUAUGAGUAAUAUUAUUGACUUUCGUAAAAAAUAUGCUGAUCAAUUUCUAAAACGUCAUAACAUUAAAUUAGGAUUUAUGUCAGCAUUUAUUAAAGCAUCUGCAUGUGCUCUUUUAGAUAGUCCUAUUGUUAAUGCAGCUAUUGAUGGAAAUGAAAUAGUCUAUCAUGAUUAUGUUGAUAUCAGUGUUGCUGUUGCUUCACCAAAGGGUUUAGUUGUACCUGUCCUUCGAAAUGUUGAAAACAUGAAUUAUGCUGAUAUUGAACGUGCAAUAAAUGAAUUUGGUGAAAAAGCAAAAAAUAAUUCACUUACAAUUGAAGAUAUGAAUGGUGGAACAUUUACAAUAAGUAAUGGAGGAGUAUUUGGUUCGUUAUUUGGUACACCAAUUAUCAAUCCGCCACAGUCAGCAAUUCUUGGUAUGCAUGGAAUAUUUGAUCGACCUGUAGUUAUUAAUGGCAAAUUGGAACUUCGUCCAAUGAUGUAUGUGGCACUUACAUAUGAUCAUCGUAUAUUAGAUGGUCGUGAUGCUGUUCUAUUUCUACGAAAAAUUAAGCAAUACGUAGAAGAUUCUCGUACUAUUUUUCUCGAUAUAUAA